AUGUUCUCCAAUAAACAAGCUUCUUCCGAACGAAAAGCCGCUGAAUCUCUGGACAGCCUGCAACCGCAACGCCCUGUUCUUAUGCUUGGAGCCCCCGCAAGCCACCGCGUUGACGCCAUCGGCAAAUUCCCUAAGGUCAAAGACACAACGAGUCUUGACGCUGAGAAAGUCCGCAACCUAAUUGUCUUGUUCAAUACCAACGGCGACUUCAUCGGCUACCAUCAGUUCAAAGGUGAUUUGGCCUCCAGAUUGAGUUUGGACAAGUUCAAGGUCAACCAUGAAGGCACAGUCGCUUCUGCGCAGCCCCGCAUGUACAGGGACCAACAAGCCAUGUAUACAGUCUUCAACGGCGGCGAGGUCCCUGUCUGCGUGGCAUGGGCGACAUUGACGAUGCCGGGAGGGGGCGGGUACCUGUGGACAGGAGACACCGGCGAGCUCUGCGGCGAGGACUGGUACUUCAGCGGACUUCACGGCGCGGGCUUCGCAGGGAUCGACAGUUACGAGCCAAAAUGCAUCUGGAUCAGCAGCUCUCACAUGCACUGGCCGAGUUACAAGCCGCAGAAGAGUCCAGGCGCAACGGGAGAUGGCAAAGAGAGCUACCUUAUGCCACCCUUCCGGGAGACGUUCCACAGGACGUGCGACCCCGACAGUGCCGUGUUCAGAACGCACAAGUACCCCGAUAUUUACACGGCGAAUAUUGUGGGCUAUCGGCACCAUAUCAAACAUUACCCACGUGUCAUGCAAAAUCCCGAACUUAAAUUCGAACAGGACGCCGAGAAAUCGGAAACACCCCAGCAUGCAUCUAACUUUACCCGAGCCGAGUACGAAAAGACGCUUGCCAAGUUUAUGGAGAAAGCCCGUCGUAACGCGGGUGAUCGGAUCACCCUGAAGAAGCCUUGGAUAAAGUGCGAGAUGAGGAACAUUCGUUACCAGAACCACCAACGAGCCAAAUCUGUGGCAAGAGGUAACAAGUACAAAUACCAACGGCUAUCCGUGAUCAGCUGCCCGCAAAGUCGCCGAGUGAAGAGCCUGUUCAGAAGACCCUGGGGAAAGGAAGUAUACCUAGACGUAGGUAAAGGGCGGCCACGGCACUCGAAACGCCAACAGGACGGAGGAAAUGAGGCCGCAGUCCUGAAUGGCACAUCGACGGCCAGCGAUCCUGCCUCAGCCAGCCAGAAUCUCCUAGGACCGGAGAACCCGUUCAACUGGCUUGUGGUUGACUCCUUCGCGGGCAACAGCGCCGCUUAUCUCUGCAGCAGCAACUCGUCGCGCGGGCCCGACUUUGCCAACGCCAAGGAGAAGAUGUUCUGCCUCAUGUCGGACAAGACGCUGCACCCAUUCUGCGCAGACAACGACAAGAAAACGGCUGACGGCCGUCCUUGCUUCGACCUCGAGUCGCAGCAGCUUGUUCGCGGCGGAAUUGUCAAGAGAGAUUCCCCCUACGUCGCUGUGAUGGACUGGCGGUUCAGAAAAGGUCGGGAUGGAGCCAAGGUGAACCUGAGCCGUUGA